AUGUUGGUUAUACUUCAAAGCGAUGAUCACGAUGAUACACAGGAAUUCAGCAGAGAAACACUUACUUCUCCUCAAGUCAUUGAUUUUAUAAAGGAAAAGAAUAUUCUUGUGUGGGGAGGUAAUGUUCGUGAAUCGGAAGCACACAAAGUGAGUUAUGCGCUGCAAGCAACAACAUAUCCUUUUAUUGCACUCAUUGCUUUACAAACAUCACUUGGAAACGCCACACCAAAAAUGACUGUGAUCGAACGUAUUGAGGGUCCAUCUCAUCCCGCAGAGUUUAUCAGUCAAAUAGAAAUUGCUAUUGAUCGUCAAGGGGCAGUAGUUAAUAGAUUGAAAAAUGAGAGAAGUCAACGUGAUAUGGAACGCCAAUUGCUUAAAGAUCAAGAUGCUGCGUACCAUCAAAGUCUCAGAGCUGAUCAAGAAAAGGCUAGAUUAGCACAGGAGGAAAAGGAGGCAUUAGCUAGAAUAGAAGAACAGGCACAGGACGAAUUAAGGCAGAUUGAAUUAUACAAGGAAAAGCGAACUCAAUACAUUCAGUAUUUAUAUGCCAAUUUACCUGAAGAGCCAACCGAAGGCAGGAUCGCUAAAUUGAGUUUCCGUUUAGCUGGUGGCGAUAGAAUUAUACGUAAAUUUAAACACGAUGAUACAGUCGAUACUCUGUACCGAUUUGUUGAGGUGUUUCCUUUAUUACAGCAAGAAAAUGUUAAACAUGUCGAUGUUCCACCUAGUGAUUAUGUUCAUCAAUAUAAAUUUACAAUCCAUAGUCCUUAUCCUCGAAUGGAAUAUGAGCCGGACACCCAAACCCAUUUAUGCGAUAUCAAGAGCUUAUGGCCAAGUGCUACCUUGGUCGUUGAAGCCGUAGACGAAGAUGAAGAUGAUGAAUAA